CUUUUUUAUUUCCCAGUAAGAAGUGGAUUGGACGAAAGCAGCAUGAAGCUGAUGCCCAGUUUCUUCUAUGUCGUCUUCCUGUCGUUUCUAGAUAUCACAAACGGCGUCGUUGUAUCUCGUCAUCUUCAGCGCUCCUCUUCGGAGAGCAGCAAGUAUCUGACCAGGGACGAACUCUGGUUCAAUCAAACUCUCGAUCACUUCUCUCCUUAUGACCAUCGUAAGUUCAGCCAACGGUACUAUGAGUUUCUUGACAACUUUCGUGUUCCUGAUGGACCAAUUUUCUUGAAAAUAUGUGGGGAAUCUGCAUGUAAUGGGAUACCUAAUGACUACAUCAGUGUUCUGGCUAAGAAGUUUGGAGCUGCUGUUGUUUCCCUUGAACAUCGGUAUUAUGGAAAGAGCUCACCAUUUAAAUCAUUGACAACAGAAAACCUGAAAUAUCUUUCAUCAAAGCAGGCACUUUUUGACCUUGCUGCUUUCCGUCAAUACUAUCAGGAAUCUUUGAAUGCAAAGCUUAAUAGAUCUAAUGUUGAUAGUCCAUGGUUUGUCUUUGGCAUUUCAUAUCCUGGAGCCCUGAGUGCCUGGUUUCGGUUGAAGUUUCCUCAUCUUACUUGUGGAAGUAUUGCAAGUUCUGCAGUAGUUCGUGCAAUUUACAACUUCACAGAAUUUGAUAAUCAGAUUGGAGAAUCUGCAGGUCCUGAAUGUAAGAGUGUUUUGCAAGAAAUUACUCAGCUCGUGGACAAAAGUCUUGCAAUUAAUAAUGAAGAAACAAAAGCAUUAUUUGAUGCUACUGAGCUAAAAAUUGAUGGAGAUUUUCUUUAUUUUCUGGCCGAUGCAGCAGUUACAGCGUUUCAGUAUGGAAAUCCAGAUAUACUCUGUGAUCCUCUCAUUGAAUCAAAGAAGGGUGGAGAAGAUUUAGUGAAAGCGUACGCCACAUACGUGAAGGAAAAUUUUGUUAAGGGUUUCGGUGUUAGUGUUGCAACAUACGAUCAAGAACAUCUAAAGAAUACUGCAACAGAAGGUGAUACUGCUGAUCGUCUGUGGUGGUUCCAAGUUUGUACAGAAGUUGCUUAUUUCCAGGUGGCCCCAGCAAAUGAUAGUGUCCGCUCUUCAGGGGUUGAUACAAGCUACCAUCUGAACCUGUGCGAGAAUGUCUUUGGGAAAGGUAUCUAUCCUGAUGUUGAUGGAACCAAUUUGUACUAUGGUGGCACAAAAAUUGCUGGUUCAAAGAUAGUUUUCACAAAUGGAUCACAAGAUCCAUGGCGACAUGCAUCUAAACAGACUUCAUCUCCUGACAUGCCUUCUUACAUAAUCACGUGUCAUAACUGUGGCCAUGGAACUGAUAUGCGUGGUUGCCCCCAGUCUCCUUUAGUCCCUGAAGGUGAUGCCAAGAACUGCAGCUCCCGUGAUGCAGUGCUUAAAGUAAGAAAAGAGAUGAUAGAGCACAUGGACCUUUGGUUGUCUCAAUGCCAAGUUCUUUCAGGUAGGAGUUCAAUGUAAUAGCAAAACAAUGAUAUCAUACAUACUACGAGUUUUAACUCUGAAGUGUUUGUUAUUCUGUUACUCUUCCGACAUUUAAGUUCAUUAUAACCUUUUGCAAACAGAUGUUUAAUUGAUCAUCCAUGUGUAAAUGGUGUAUCUACAACCUCUUGGUAUGUUUAAUAUAUGCAUCUAUAUGAUACCUAUAAUGUUUUACUUUUUCUUCUAACGUUUCAGUGAAGACUCAUUUUGUUGGUUACCCUCUCUCUCUGUUUGGUUAGAUUGUAACUUCAGGUCGAACUUGUUUGAUCUUAUGUGAAUUUUUAAUAGUAUGUCAUUAUGUAAACUUUUUACAUAUUAUUCAAUGGUUAUUGAAAAGCAAAUAUUUAUUUAAUUUCUCACUUUGAAUUGGU